GAAACUCUUUCAUUUUAGCAAAAACAUUAAAAUUUGCACGACACUUUUUCUGCCUGCGAGGCUACCAUUACCAACUACACUCCCAGUUUCCAAAUUCAGAUCAAAAUAAUUACAGUUAUUAGUUUUUUUUUUUUUUUUUUUUACGCACAAUUAUUAGUUAUGAUUUAUGAACAGUUGAACACCAUAUUCAUUAAUUAUUCUAUUUUUUUUAUUUAUUAAUUUUAAUUUAACACAAUAAACCUCCAUCACCUCUCUUCACAUCUCAUGCUAUUUAUUAAUUAAUUAUAUCUUACAAAACCCCCAAAUUUUGACUUAACAAAACAACAUGCUCUUAUGCAUGGAGAUGUAGAUCAAAGAUAAAGAACCAAAAUUCCGAUCUUUGAAGCGAUACCCAUUUCAUAUCUCACCUUAAAAUCAAACUACAAUGAAGAAAGUUUUGAUUUUGAUGUUGUUAAUGAUGAUGGGUAACAUUGAUAUUACAAAAGGGGCAAAGAAGGUUUCAUGGAAGGUACACACACUGUUUUCUGUUGAAUGUCAGAAUUACUUUGAUUGGCAAACGGUUGGUUUGAUGAAUAGUUAUAGAAAAGCUAAACAACCUGGUCCAAUUACAAGGCUUCUUAGUUGUACUGAUGAAGAGAAGAAGAAUUAUAAAGGGAUGCAUUUGGCACCAACUUUUGAGGUUCCUUCUAUGAGUAGACAUCCUAGAACUGGUGAUUGGUACCCUGCAAUAAACAAACCUGCCGGGGUUGUACACUGGCUCAAACAUAGUAAGGAAGCAAAAAAUGUUGAUUGGGUUCUCAUUCUAGAUGCGGACAUGAUCAUCCGUGGCCCAAUUUUACCUUGGGAACUUGGUGCAGAGAAAGGAAGACCUGUUGCAGCAUAUUAUGGGUACUUAAAAGGUUGCGACAAUAUUUUGGCUAAACUGCACACGAAACAUCCAGAUCUGUGUGACAAAGUUGGCGGGCUUUUGGCCUUUCAUAUCAGUGACCUGCGACGAUUCGCCCCCUUGUGGCUUUCUAAAACAGAAGAAGUACGAGAAGAUAAGGAACACUGGGCAACAAACAUAACUGGAGACAUAUAUGGGAAAGGGUGGAUCAGUGAGAUGUAUGGAUACUCUUUCGGUGCUGCAGAAAUAGGACUUCGGCACAAGAUCAAUGAUAACUUGAUGCUCUACCCAGGUUAUGUUCCUCGAGAGGGAAUUGAGCCGGUUCUUCUUCACUACGGGCUUCCAUUUAGUGUAGGGAAUUGGUCAUUUAAUAAACUGGCUCACCAUGACGACGGAAUUGUAUAUGAAUGUAACCGGCUCUUUCCAGAGCCUCCUUAUCCGAAAGAGGUAUUACAGUUGGAACUUGAUGCUAAUCGAAGGCGAGGACUAUUUAUAAGCAUAGAGUGCAUAAACACUAUAAAUGAAGGUCUUUUAUUACAGCAUGGAGCAAAUGGUUGUCCUAAGCCAGCAUGGUCAAAAUACUUGAGCUUUUUAAAAAGCAAAUCUUUUGCUGAACUAACUAAACCAAAAUAUGUGACUCCUGCUACUUUAAAAAUGAUGGACGAAGAAAUCAUAGAAGCACCCGUUGAUCGUGAUGAUAGAAAGGCGCAUCCAAAAAUCCACACAGUCUUCUCCACGGAAUGCACUACAUACUUUGAUUGGCAAACUGUAGGACUUAUGCACAGUUUUCGUUUGAGUGGACAGCCUGGAAAUAUUACGAGGUUACUCAGCUGCAAUGAUGAGGAUUUAAGGAAGUAUAAAGGCAAUGAUCUGGCUCCUACACAUUAUGUUCCCUCGAUGAGUCGACAUCCAUUAACAGGAGAUUGGUAUCCAGCAAUUAAUAAACCAGCUGCAGUCCUUCAUUGGCUUAAUCACGUAAAUGUCGAUGCUGAAUACAUAGUGAUUCUUGAUGCUGAUAUGAUCAUGAGAGGACCAAUCACACCGUGGGAAUUCAAAGCAUCUCGUGGCCAUCCUGUUUCAACUCCUUACGACUACCUUAUUGGCUGUGACAACGAACUUGCAAAAUUACAUACUAGCCAUCCUGAGGCCUGUGACAAAGUUGGUGGUGUAAUCAUUAUGCAUAUAGAUGAUCUCCGGAAAUUCGCGAUGCUAUGGCUGCAUAAAACUGAGGAGGUUCGAGCUGAUAGAGCUCAUUAUGCAAGAAAUAUUACCGGAGACAUAUAUGAAUCAGGGUGGAUCAGUGAGAUGUAUGGUUACUCAUUUGGUGCGGCAGAGUUGAAACUAAAGCAUACUAUAAACAGUGAGAUAUUGAUAUACCCAGGAUAUGUUCCUGCACUGAACGUCAAAUAUCGAGUUUUUCAUUAUGGAUUGCGAUUCAGUGUUGGGAACUGGAGCUUUGACAAAGCAGACUGGCGAGAGGUUGACAUGGUCAACAGAUGCUGGUCCCAGUUCCCUGACCCGCCAGAUUCCUCAACACUUGAUCAAGCUAAUCAGGAGAAUUUACGGCGAGACAUGCUCAGUAUAGAAUGUGCAAAGACACUUAACCAAGCACUGGAACUUCAUCAUAAGAAAAAGUGUCCUAGUGCUGAUUCCAUAUUGAUAUCAAAAGGGGAUGAGAAUACAGAAGAAAGAGGAACUUCAAAAGAAAUCGGCAACACCGAUGCAAGUAUCGAUUCAAUAACCAAUCAUGUCGCAACAAACAAUUCAGGAGAAUUGGCAAGUGUUCAGAAAGAGGAAUUGUCAAGUGUUCAGAAAGAGGAAUUGGCAAGCGUUCAAAAAGAUGAGAUACCGAAGUCUUUAAGGUUUUGGGUGGUAUUCUUAUGGGCGUUUUCCGGAUUCGGUUUCUUAGUUGUUAUUUUUCUAGUGUACUCGGGUCAUAGUAAACGACGAACAAGGAUGAAACACCCUAGUAGAAGGAGAAGAAGCUUCCAGUCAGGUUUCAUGGAAAGCAAUGGACGCGACAGGCACGGACGUGAUGUUGAUUUAUAAACAAUGCACUUAUCCUUUUCAUUCUCACGACGGAAAAGCUAGUUGGUCUGAAUUUUACGACUACAAUGCAAGGAUCACACGGCUAGAAUUAGAGAGCAUGUUUGUUGAGUGACUGUGUGUGUGAUAUCAUUCUACAAAGCAAGUCAUUCUGAGUUCUGAGGUUGGAUUUUGUUGAUUGAGACAGUUGUAAAGGGAAUAUAUCUUCUUUUUUUCUUUUUCUUUCUUUAAUUUGAGAUUGCUUGUAACAUUUUGUAUCAAAAAAUCAUAAGGUCUUAGCAAUGUACAACAAGAAGCUGAAACCUACCCCUUCAAACUCAACAUGGAUUUUGCUCCUUAGUAGGUUAAAUAUUGUACAUUUCCAUGAUAUGCAAGUCAGUGAUAACAAUUUGGUGUAACCUCAAGAUAUUAUGUAAAUCGGGUAUCCUUUGUGCACAAUUGCAGAGAUUAAUUCCUCGA